UGGGAUCGGGAUUUUAACUUUUUAGUUUUAGAUAUAGUUUGUGUUGUGGGAUAUUUUGAUCUGGUUUUCGUUAUUAUAAAUAGAAUAUUUGGUAAAAUUUGCUGCUAUUUAUAGCAAAUACAAUUUAAUUUCGUGUAAAAUCCGUAAGUUUUUUGUAAAGUUACGUAGUUGUUGUUGGGACAUCCUAUGUUUUUUUUAAAUAUCGGCAUAAAUAAUAUAGUUAUCGUGAAAACAUCGCUGCAGCGAUGAUAGACUAUUAUAGAAAACAUUAUUGUUCUGAAUGAAUAUAAAAAAUUAAUUUAAUGUUAUCUUUUAUUAACUAAUUUGUCUGUUGAAACAAAAUUUGCACACAAUGUCAAUUAGGCAUUAACAAGUAUUUUGACCCAACCCCUGUUUUAGUCUUUAGAGACGCACUAUAACUAAAUGACAUGAUUUAGAUAGCAUGUUGAUGUCAAUGUACGUUUCAAUUGGCCUUCGAGUCAUCAACGACAUUAAUAUUAUGAUUAUAAUUAUAACUUGACAUUCACCAAGUAGUCAGUUCACCUGGGUAUUCACAGUAACACACUUAAUAUGAACCUUAUGCAUUGGCAAUAAAAUUCACGAAUGAUCAAUCACUUUAUGAAUUAGUUAACACUGUGGAUGAUGGUAGGUACUCCAAAAGUCGUUUGAUCGAGUUCUACCAGUCUUGGAGGCCAAUUCGAACGUAUACUAACAUCAGAAUUAUAUCUGAAUGAUGUCAUUUACCUGUCGUGCGUCUCGCUAACGCCAAUACAUGUAGGUAUAAUAAGCGAAAUGAACGAUAGCUAAAUAUCAUUUGGAUGUCGUUUUGAUGUCAGUGUACGUUUGAAUUGGCCUGUUUUUCUGAUUUUGGUCGGACCAAUGUCUGUGCGUUAUCAUAGAGAAAUAAGCAAGCUUCAAGUGCUCACUCCAUACAACAGUUUACUUGUUGUAAUAAUAAGUUGUAUGGGAGGUGUGGUGUGAUAAAAGCUUACUUAUUUCUUUAUGGUGCUAUACUGUUGUUAUUUUAGAGUUUAAACAAAGUGAAAACAAUGGCCAGGUUUGUGGUACAUGUGAUUGUGAUAUGUUCUGUGAUUUUUAUUCUGGAAACUAGGAAUGGCCUUACAGAGCCAUCUCGGCGAGCAUGCGUGAUCGGCGCCGGCUACGGCGGUCUCGCGUCUGCGCGCUACCUAAAACAAUAUGGCGUCCAGGUUUCCGUGCUAGAAGCACAGCGGAGUCUUGGUGGUAACUGGAGAUUCCAGACUGACUUGGAAGAGGAUGGCUUGCCACCGUUUACAGGAGUUUAUAAGCAACUGAGGACCAACACUCCCUGGCAGAUCAUGGAGUUUGCCAACUGGCCCUUCCCUGAUACCACGCCAUCGUAUCCAACCGCACCCUGCUUCUACAAGUACCUGCAGAAUUUCACCAAGGCAUUCGACUUAGAGAAAUACAUAGAGUUCAGCUCUUUAGUGACGUCAGUGAAAUGGGCAGACACCCAAUGGGAGAUCUCAUACAUGAAGACAGACUCGAAGGAGAGCCGCACAAAGACUUGUGAUUUCGUCAUAGUCGCCACUGGGCAUUGGAGUUUGCCGACUAUACCUAAUUUCGAGGGUCAGGAUAAAUUCGAAGGCAAAAUAAUCCACAUCCAGAAAUAUAAAGACCCUGAACCAUUCAGAAACCUUCGGAUACUCGUGAUUGGCGCUGGCCCUUCAGGCCUUGAUUUAGCUAUGCAUCUGACCAAUCAGAGCUCGCGGCUGAUUCACAGCCACCAUUUGGAGUACAACCAGCCGUUCUUCGGGACCAAUUAUGUGAAGAAACCAGAUGUUAAGAAGUUCACAAGAAAUGGGGUGGUGUUUAAGGAUGACAGCUUUGAGGAGGUGGAUGUUGUAAUACUGUGCACAGGGUAUGAUUUUAACUUUAGCUUUCUACAUGAGAGCUGUGGGCUGACCGUGUCGCGAAAGUUCGUGUUACCGGUCUAUCAACACAUGGUGAACGUUCGGAGACCUAGCAUGGUGCUGCUGGGGCUGCCUAAACCGAUAAUUCCAAAGGUUUUAGAUGCGCAGGCAAAUUAUGCAGCAUCAUUAGCAGCGGGUAAAUUUGAGCUCCCCUCGCAAGACGACAUGAUGAACGCCUGGCUUCAGCAGUUCGGGGGCAGGAAAGUCGUCGAUGUCAACUUCUUGGCCGAUCAACAGGACCAGUACUUCACAAACCUCUCAUCCGAGGCAGGCACCAUCCGCGUGCCUCCCGUAAUAACCAUCAUAAGGGACUUCAACGCCAAGAACCGGUUGGAGGAUCUGCUGAACUACAGAGAUUAUGAUUAUAAAAUACUCGAUGACCAUAAUUUUGAAAGAUUUUACAAUCCGAGAAAGGAAAUUUGUGAUAUUUUUGUUUAAAUCGUGGACUUUAAUAAAUUAAUUGAUGAAAAUAUUUUCAACCAAGAAA